GAACAAAAUUUAUUUAGUAGGUUGGAAAUUGAAUCCGCAACCAACAAGAGAAGAAGAAUAUCAUUGAUUGAUCUGAAUCAGAGAGAGAGAGAGAGAGAUGGCUAAUCUGUAUGUGAAGGCGGUGCCACCGGCGGAUCUGAACAGGAACACGGAGUGGUUCAUGUAUCCAGGGGUGUGGACCAGCUACAUCCUCAUCAUCUUCUUCGCAUGGCUUCUCGUCCUCUCCAUCUUCCACUGCACCCCCGGCAUCGCCUGGACCAUCAUCAACCUCGCCCAUUUCGCCAUUACGUAUCACUACUUCCACUGGAAGAAAGGAACCCCGUUCGCGGAGGACCAAGGGAUCUACAACCAGCUGACGUGGUGGGAGCAGAUUGACAGCGGCAAACAGCUCACUCGUAACCGCAAGUUCCUCACUGUUGUCCCCGUCGUUCUGUACCUCAUUGCGUCCCACACAACUGACUACCGACACCCCAUGCUGUUGUUCAACACCCUGGCUGUCAUUGUCCUCCUCAUUGCCAAGUCCCCCAAUAUGCACAAGGUCAGGAUUUUCGGAAUCAAUUCUGACAACUGACUCUCUUCUUCUUGUAAUGUUUUGCUGCCUUUUAGGUAUAAAAUCCAAUAAAUCUUUUCACUUUUUUAUUUUUUUUUCUCAACUACUCACUCUGCCUGCCGCCUGGCCCAUUCAACUAGAUCAAACUAAUUGUAUUUCCAUCACAAAACUAUGUAUGUGUAUCUUGUCAUUUGAAUUUAAUUCAACUUGUGUUACUUCUCAAUAA